AUGGCGUCCCAGGUCACAACUCAAAUCUGGAGUGGAAACAACGGUGGAUAUGUCGAAAACGUCUACCCCUUGGAUGGUGUACUGGAAAGAUGUGUUUCUGAAAACUUCUCCGCCAUCAAUCCUGUAGAGGGGAUUAAUGCUUUCAUCUGGACUCGCAACACUAUAGAUCGCGAGACUGGAGACAUCUACCGAGAUUCAUUUACGACGGGCGCGCAUGCGAGCACCAAUGGGAAUACCCAGAUUGAAGACUACAUGAUGAGAGCGAAUCAAGUCUCGAGAUAUCUCGUGAAUACCCUCCGGGGCAAUGAAGGGCAGUGGGGUGUUCCAUGCACCGAACAAGGGGACACGAUGGCUCUAGUAGAAGCGGAGAGAACGGCAUUUGAAGCUAUUGUAGAAGAGUUUCCUGAUCGAAAUCCCGACAUUGGUCUGAGCAUCAUUGACCCAGAUAUCAUGUUCAGAGUCACGUCGUAUGAUCCAAACGAACCCUCACCUUCACUAGAAGAGAACGAGAUGGAGGAAGUCGCUGGAAUGUUAUUUGUGAGGGUAGAUGUCGAUACCUCCGACCAGGCCAUGAGCGACGCACCGCCUUCCUCUGCGCAGGAUGGGGACCAAGCGGAUGAUUGA